AUGACCUCUCUUACGAUUCUCCCGGCGGACAAGAAGGCCGUGACGUCCAUCUCGGUCAAUGCGGCUAACACAAUCAGCGCAAUCAACCCAUUGAUCUAUGGCGGCUUCACAGAACACAUGGGCCGCUGCAUCUACGGCGGCCUCUACGAGCCCGACAACGCGCACGGGCUGUCGGACGACAAGGGCUUCCGCAAGGAUGUGAUCUCGUGCUUUAAGGAGCUGCAGGUGCCGGUAGUCCGCUAUCCGGGCGGCAACUUUUGCGCCAGCUACCGGUGGCAGGACGGCAUUGGGCCCGUGGAGAAGCGGCCGGUGCGGCCAGAGCUGGCAUGGGAGGGCAUCGAGCCGAACACGUUUGGCACAGAUGAGUUCAUGGCCUGGUGCAAGGAGGUGAGCGCGGAGCCGUACCUGUGUCUCAACAUGGGCACGGGAACGCUAGAGGACGCGCUGGCCUGGCUGGAGUACUGCAACAGUAACAAGCACACGUACUACGCCGACCUGCGGCGGAAAAACGGCCACGAGGAGCCGUACGGGGUCAAGUACUGGGCUCUGGGGAACGAGAUAUGGGGGCCAUGGCAGAUUGAGCAGCACACCAAGGAGGACUAUGCGAAGAAGGCAGUCCAAUGGGCUAAGGCGCUCAAACUGUUGGACCCGUCCAUCACACUGGUCCUCUGCGGCAAGGAUGGCUACUCGGACUGGGACCGAUACACGCUGCAGCAGUGCAUCCGGUGGGUGGACAUGCACUCGAUCCACUACUACUCCAUGGGCCGUGACCACUACACCAACAUCUCGUCAGUGUACGGGGCCGAGCGGGCCAUCCAGGUGUGCUCGGGGCUGAUCGACGUGGCGCGCUGCGAGUUCGACAUGUCGGCCUAUCCGGACACGGAGCGGAUCUCGACGCGGCCGGCGAGCAAGAAGCGGCCGACGAUCUGCUUUGACGAGUGGAACGUGUGGGACCCAGAUAGGGCGCCGGGCAAUCUGGGGGCCGAGGAGCAGUACACGCUGAGUGAUGGGCUGGCCGUGGCCGUGUGGCUGAACGUAUUUAUACGCAACAGCCGGGAGCUGGGCAUGGCCACGAUCGCCCAGAGCGUCAACGUGAUCGCGCCGCUGAUGACGACGCCACGGGGCCUCUGGCGCCAGACGACCUACUUCCCGCUGCUGCUCUUCUCGCGCCACAUGCGAGGCCAAGCCGUGGCCGUUCACGUCCACACACCUGUCUACGAGGGUACGACCUUUCCCGAGUGGAUCCAGACGACUGUGGCCGUGCCCAAGCUAGACGUCAGUGCGGCCGUCGAGGCCGGCUGGCUCAGCUUGGCCGUCGUCAACUCGGACGAUACGCGCGACUAUGCCACCCGCCUCGACGGACUUGUGGUCGGUACUUCCGUGCAGGUCUUCCGUAUCGGUGGCAAGGGUUUCGCGGCCACCGAUAGCAAUGCCGAUGGCGACGAGAAAAUCGGCAUUGUCGAGUCGGUCUGGGAGGCUACCGGCGACAGCUACACGUUUGAGCGGCUCAGCUUCACGAUGCUGCGCUGGAAGGUGGAAUAG